AAGCGAAAUAGUAAAUGCAUAAAUAUUAGUCGUCGGUGCUGUUUCGCGAGACAAAUACGUACUGUUUAACAAAAAAAUCUUUCAAAAAUGGUUAAAGUACCAACAGUAAAAUUCAACAAUGGCCAAACGUUCCCUAUUUUUGGUUUGGGAACAUGGAAGUCAGAACCGGGUAAAGUAACCCAAGCCGUGAAGGAUGCCAUCGACAUCGGCUACCGGCAUAUCGACUGUGCCCACGUUUACGGCAACGAGAAAGAAGUCGGCGAAGGAAUCAAAGCAAAAAUUGCGGAAGGUGUAGUAAAACGUGAGGACCUUUACAUCACCAGCAAACUAUGGAACACUUUCCAUCGCCCCGACUUGGUGGAACCGGCCUUGAAGACCACACUGAAAAAUCUCGGCUUGGAAUAUCUCGACCUUUAUCUUAUCCACUGGCCGUUUGCGUUAAAGGAAGGUAAAGAAUUAUUCCCUGUUGACGCUUCCGGAAAAACUGCUUACAGCGACGUCGACUUUGUCGAUACUUGGAAAGCUAUGGAAGCAGUCUGCAAAAAAGGCCUCACAAAAUCAAUCGGCAUUUCCAAUUUUAAUAAAAGACAAAUUGAACGGCUUCUACAACACGCGACCAUUGUCCCAGUCACGAAUCAAAUCGAAUGCCAUCCACAUUUGACUCAAGUCAAGCUUUCGGAAUUUUGCAAAUCAAAGGGAAUUCUCAUAACAGCAUACAGUCCAUUGGGUUCUCCCGACAGGCCUUGGGCUAAACCCGAUGAUCCCAAACUUUUAGAUGAUCCAAAAAUUAAGAAAAUCGCAGAAAAAUACAAAAAAACGCCGGCUCAAGUCGUGCUGAGAUACCAAGUCCAGAGAGGACAUAUUACAAUCCCAAAAUCUAUCACUAAAUCCCGAAUCCAAGAGAAUUUUAACAUUUGGGAUUUCGAGUUGACCCCUCAGGAUAUCCAGACCAUCAACUCCUUCGAUUGCAAUGGACGGAUUUGCCCAUACGAUGACUCUGUCACCCAUAAAGACCACCCAUUUUCCCACGGAGAUGAAUACUGAUGAUUAAUUAUUUAUUUAUGGGUUAAUCUACAGAAUGCAUUUAAUUUUGUAAUUAAAUACUAUUAAAACUGUUUAUUUUAUUUAUAAUUAAAGUUUAUGACACCUUU